UUUUCUUCUCUUUUAUAAUGAUGAUUUUCAGGUUGAGGGUGAGUUCGAGUGGAGUAAAACUACCCAGGGACAUAUUCUAGGAGCCUUCUUCUGGGGUUACUUGGGAAGUCAGGUUCUUGGAGGAUACCUCGCUUCCCGCUUUGGUGGUAAGCGAGUAAUUCUGGUCACCAUCCUUGGGGCUUCAUUGCUUACCUUAGCAAGCCCUGUGGCCGCUCGUACUCAUGCCUAUAUUCUCGCUGGUCUUCGCGUUGCCAUUGGAUUCCUUCAGGGUGCUACGUUCCCUGCCAUGCAUACCAUGUGGUCAGUAUGGGGACCGCCUCUCGAGUUAUCUGUGCUAACUGGAGUCAGUUAUGCUGGCGCUCAGAUAGGAAACGUUUUUGUGCUACCUCUCUCUGGUUUUCUCUGCCAAUAUGGAUUUGAUGGCGGUUGGCCGAGCAUUUUCUACACUCUUGGAAUCAUCGGUGUGGUAUGGUCUGCUCUCUGGACUUACAUAGUGACGGACAGGCCCAGUAAUCAUCCAUUAAUUUCGGAAGCUGAGAAGGAGUAUAUUAUCAAAGCUGUGGAGGCAUCUACUGGGAAGCAAACAGGAAAACCUCCUGCAACGCCGUGGGGCAGUAUUCUGUCAUCACGCGCUGUUUGGGCCUGCUGGUUUGGACAUUUCGCAGGUGACUGGGGUGCAUAUACAAUGUUGGUGUCGCUCCCAUCCUUCCUUAAAGAUGUU